AUGCCAUUACACCAAAGCAUUCAGUCAAUCCUAUUUUCGUAAUUUCAACUCCGUAAUUAAUACCCAAAACAUUCUCAAGACGAUUCAUUAUCCGCUGCUUCCCUCUGCUUUCACACCCAACAACCAAAGUCUCCCAAUUUUUCUUCUUCACAAACUUCCCCCAUUCUUGUACGCACCGGAUGGCGUUAUCUGACGCGGUGGUGGGGAACUUGACGACGAUCUACGUGGCGGUGAUAGCGGGGAUCAAGGCCUACGGAUUGGUCUUUGGGCGGAGCUUCGGUGCUGGGUUUGUGCUGAUCGUGUCCACCGCCGUGGUGGGCCUCAUCUUGAUUGGGACACUGACGUGGGACGUGUCGCGCAAGGCCACGUACGCGGUCUCGCGCGAGCACGUCCACAGCCACGAGAUGUGCAAGGGGGGUAUUUGCUGGCACGGGGUGGCGGUGAAGUCCCCGGCGUCGCAGGUCCGGUUUAAGCUCCCACAGCAAACCCCAAACGGCCCUUUGUAAAAAGAAGAGCAUAGAAGGGAAAAGGGAAUAAAAGUAAAGGUUUUGUAACACUGUAAGAUACACAAAUCUUCUUGUUUCUUGUUUUUUUUUUGGUUGGUGGUGUUUGUAGGUUAGGCACGAGGUGUUUGCUUUUUUGAUUGAGAGAGAUACUGUACAUGUAAUAAGUAAUGUUGAAAUGAAAUCACGUUUGUACAUGAA